UGCCGCUGAUGAUCGGCUCGUAACACGCGGCUCUUGGAUGCGCAGAUUUAGAUGGAAUCUGCAGAAAGGGUUUUCUAGUUUUUCUCUUAGUUUUUCGUUUCCUUUAAUUAUUCCCUUGGAUAUAACAAACAACCAGAAUGGGUAUUAACCGGGAUCAUAUCCAUAAACGACGCAAGACCGGAGGAAAACGCGCCAUCACCCGCAAGAAGAGGAAGUACGAGUUGGGUCGCCCGGCCGCCAACACCAAGAUUGGAGCCUCCCGUGUCCACACCGUGCGUGUCAUGGGUGGCAACCUUAAAUUCCGAGCUCUUCGUUUGGACCAUGGCAAUUUCUCAUGGGGUUCAGAAAAUUGUACGCGUAAGACGCGUAUUGUAGACGUGGUCUACAAUGCCAGCAACAACGAGUUGGUCCGCACGAAAACCCUCGUCAAGAACGCCAUCGUCGUGAUCGAUGCCACACCUUUCCGUACGUGGUACGAAGCACACUACGGACUUCCCCUCGGCCGGAAGAAGGGAGCGAAACUGUCGGAAGCGGAAGAGAAGAACCUUAAUCGUGAGCGUAAAGGCAAGGCGCUCAAGAAGCUGAAGGAGCGUCAGAUCGGCGGUAAAGUGGAACCGGGAUUGGAUGAUCAGUUUAUGGGUGGUCGUGUGCUUGCGUGUAUAUCUUCUCGACCGGGGCAAGUGGGCCGCGCCGACGGAUACGUUCUUGAAGGAAAAGAGCUUGAAUUCUAUCAGCAAAGCACAGAAGGAAAUUGUUAA